UGGGGGGGGGAAAGAUUUGGAAACGAAUCUCUCGGGUUCCGUCCCCCCCUCAGGAUCCUCCCUCCCCCCCUCUGCGAGGUGAAGAGAUGGCUGGAUCGAGGAGCGAUAUGACACAGUCUCUCUGAAGUCAUUGAUACCUGUGAUCCUCCUGCUCGGGAUUUUCUGUGGAAGUCAGCGAUACCAGCGACCAUGAACUUGGAAGCUCUGGGCGAGAGGGGCUUCGUGGAUAAGGCCACCACGGUCUGCAGUGACUCGGAAGGCAGUGUCCCCUCGCCCCUGUCGGUGGAAGAGGAGCUGGGGUCGGAUGGGGACUGCACAGCCAACAGCCCGGCUCCCACCAACCCGGGCUCCGAGGGGAAGGGCAAAACCUACACCAGGCGCCCCAAGCCCCCUUACUCCUACAUCGCACUGAUCGCCAUGGCCAUUAGAGACUCUGCCUCCGGCCGCCUGACCCUGGCUGAGAUUAACGAUUACCUGAUGAAGAAGUUCCCCUUCUUCCGUGGCUCCUACACUGGCUGGAGAAACUCUGUCCGCCACAACCUGUCCCUCAAUGACUGCUUCGUCAAAGUGCUCCGUGACCCGUCCAGACCCUGGGGGAAGGACAACUACUGGAUGCUGAAUCCCAACAGCGAAUACACCUUCGCGGACGGGGUCUUCCGCCGCCGGAGGAAGCGGAUUGGCCGCAAGCUCCUCAAGGAAGCCGGCCCGGGGGACAAACGCCUGGAUCUCAUCCCUUCAGCAUCCAGCAAGGAUGAAGGAGUCAAGUUCUCCAGCUCGUUUGCCAUCGACAGCAUCUUGAGCACGCCUUUCCAGAGGCGGGAGGACAAGGUGCCUGUGGACGGCGCUCCCAGGCUGUUCUGGACCAGCAGACCACCCCUACCUUACCCUCUCCUCACCUACGGUCCCUCCGGCCCGGUGCCAGCACUGUUCCCCAUCAGCCCGGCUGCCAACUCCAUGCUGCAGCCUUACCGGUUCGCUGCCGCCUCCCAGCCCGGAGUGCUGGCCCCCCGCCUCUCUCAUUUCACCAGCUCCAAAUGCAUCCUGGACACGAUUCCGAGCACGGGGAAUUUCCCCGGCGUCCGAUUACCAACGGCGAUGCACCCUCAGACCUACCACCCCUACAAGAUCGAGUCUUUCAUCGUCUAGAAGGUGGACUUUAAUAAGAACAAACUCCAAAAGAGGGAGAGAAAUUGAGCCUCUCUUUCUGCACUUUUGUUUCUAGAACUUUGAAUCGAGUUCCUCUGUUGCUUUUCUCACCCUGAGCAUCGCUGUGGACCUGGCAAACACUUUGGUUGGAAUUUCAUUUGUCCCCUAUAUUUGCUCUUCUGUAUAUCGACAAACGCCAGUUGGUCUGGUAAACCUAAAGGAACACUAUAUUACAGAGAUUGUAGUAAGUUCAUUUCUGAACAGGUAGUUUUUUUUAAUUAAAAUAAACGUGUGAUCAACUGGUUAUCAGAAUUCCUGCGUCAAACGACGGCAUCACUGUGUGCCAAAUAAGUAGCUAACGUGAUUUUUUUUUAAAAAACAUAUUUAUAAUUGUGAUUUCCAAACAAGAGGUAACCAGAUAGGCUUUAUAAUGUUGUGGGUUUAAACGGUUUAAUUAAUGACAAUGCUCCAAUCGAGUGAAUGAGUUUGAUAGAUCUUCUUACUGUUACUUCAAGACGGGACCACUGCCAAUGUAAGCAGGUGAUGUUUUUGUGUGUAGUUUUUUUUUGUUAGGUUUGUUUAUUAAAAGACGCAUGAGCCUUAUAUUGUAAAAUAAAAGCUUUGAUAACAAACCCCA